GGCGGGAGAAAUGCACGUUUGAUUACAAGCAAAAUCAGAAGUUGCUGAAACAACAGAUGCUACCUAUAUAAUCCUAAUCCGAGUAUAUCUUUUAUAAGAUUUAAAGUUCAGAAACGUUGGCAGGUCAUUUUUCAGGUCUGUCAUGAUGAACAAGUCAUCAGCUCGAUGCGACUUGCUGCUUGGCACAAAUAAAUCUUCACCACGAAGAGAACAUCUUUCGGCGGUGAAGAAAAAUUCUCCUCGACGAGAUGUCACACCUCCCAUCAGAUCCUCUCCUAGGAGGGAACCAUUAUCCAACACCAGAAGAAUGUCCCCCAAAAAAGACCAAAUGAUCACCUCAUACAGGUACUCAGCAAGAGCAGAGUCCAAAGUCCCUAAGACAAUGACAUCAGAUGAAAAACUAUCGAGGUAUAUUUAUAAUGAUGCCCAGGCAUCACCAAAGUUUGAGAGAAAAACAUCACCGGUAUCAUUUCGGUCAUCUCCAUUGAGUUCAGCAAAGUCCUUGUUACCAAGUACACCCAAGUCGGUGACACCUUCCCCAUGUAGUUCCACCUGUAGCUCGCCCGAGAGGUCCAGUCCAAAGAGUCCUAAGCCCAUAUCCAGUUUUGGUACUAGGACGGCAUUGGCUCUUACCGUGAUGGAGAAAACAAAGAAAUCCUCAUCCACUAACAAAGCAGCUAACAAAGUUGCAAAGCGUGGAAAAUUCAACAUUGGAGCAGAAGUCCUAGCUAGGUGGAGUGAUGGUCUUUUCUAUCUAGGAAAUGUACUGAAAGUUGAAGAUAAGGAAGGCAAGUGUUUUGUGCAAUUCGAGGACAACUCUGAAUACUGGGUAUUAUAUAAAGAUCUUCAAAAAGGAGCCAAGGAAGGGGAGAUAAACUGUUGUGUUUGUCAAAGUGAUGUGUCCGAGGCCCCCAAUGAAAUUGUUCUUUGUGACAAUUGUGGUAUUGGGUUCCAUCAGGAAUGCCAUAACCCUACCAUAGAUGAUGAGUAUGUGCUUGAGGAGGAGGUAGAAUGGUGCUGCCGACUCUGUAUCUUUGCUGCUGCAGUUAAGAAAGGAGGUGCCUUAAAGAUUGGAGCUGAUGCAACUGCUCUGCAGAAGAUGAAACAGACUUUUCCUUAUGAUCUAAACAAAUUGACAUGGGAUGCCCAGAGGAAAACCAAUGUGGAGCAAUGUUACUGUUACUGUGGUGGUCCAGGAGACUGGUACUUAAAGAUGUUACAGUGCUGUAGAUGUAAGCAGUGGUUCCAUGAAGCCUGUAUCCAGUGUUUAGAACAUCCAUUACUGAAUGGAGACCGGUUUUACCUGUUUGUCUGUUCACACUGUAACUCUGGACCAGAGUAUAUAAAACGUCUUGAUCUGAAAUGGGUUGAUGUAGCUCAUCUGGUCCUGUUCAACCUCACCCUGAGUGGCAUAAAAAAAUCCUAUGACUUUGAAGUGAUCAUGGCCUAUGUUGAUGCCAACUGGAACAAACUUCAACUCAGCAGCCCGAUGGCUGAAACACCUGAAGAAGAGAGACCGAAGAAAUUUAAUGAUGUUUUGAAGGGUCAUAAAACAAGAUUCUCAUUUAGCCGUGAUGUGAAGAAGAAACACACACACUGGGGCCUGAGAAUGAGGGUCCCACCCCCUGGGCCUACCAUCAUUCUCCCUGUGGAAGGUCAAAUCAAUGAAGAAGUGAUGAACUCUUUGAAGGCUAAAGGUCGCAAAACCAAGUGUUUUGUUCCCAUCCAGUGCUCGCUAAGCCAGAAGACGGCUCUAGUACUACCAAGUAAUUCACCUGUACCUCUGAGAUACAAGAAGAACAGUCAUGAGAUAGAUGAGUCAAUUGCGUUCAAGUCUGAUAAAGCUAGGAAAAAAUUACUGAAAGCAUUGGAGCAUGGUGAUGAGAAUGCAUGCAGCCUCAACCAGAACUAUGGUGGAUACAAUGGAUCUCUACCUAUCAAAGAGGAUCCAAGUCUUGUGGCCAAAACUUCAUCUAGGAAAGGUAAAUCCAAAAGGAAGCCAUCCCAUACCUUAGAAAACAUUAUACCAUUGCCAUCAGACUUUGAAAGUUUCAAUCAUCCUUUCAAAACGGAAGUUGAACAGAAGCAGGAGUUUGCGAAACAUCAGAGGAAGAUGCAGAUCAUUAACUAUCUCUAUCAGAGUUACGACAGUGAUUCUGCAUCCCAGAGCUCUUUGUGUUCAGGACUGUCUGGUGACGACCCCACAAAAGCCAUUCCUACACCUCCUCCCUCUGUGACUUCAUCUCAGUCAACAGAAACACUCUCCUCCUGCUCUAAAGAACCCUGUCGUAAGAGACGGGGCAAAAAACGCAAGGGCUGCGAAGAUGAAGAGGCUGUAGCACCAAGACGCAGCAAACGAAACCGAGUAAGCAUAUCUGGACGGUACGAUGAGAUGCAGAAUGUGAUUGAUACUCAAAUGAUUGAAAGUGUAAAAUGUCAUGUUGUUAGUAUGGCCCGCAUCAAAUCUAAUAUCAACAGUUACUUUGGUGCCACUGAUCGCCUGAAGAAGGGAGAAAAGUAUGAUGUGUUGGCAAAACGUGUGAAUUCCGAUGGAAAAGUACAGUACCUGAUUGCAUGGGAUGGCAUCGUUGCAUAGACAUUAAAUAUUACUAUGUGUGUGUAUGAACGUUGUGUUAGAUUUCAAGGUUUGUGCUGUUGUGUUAAGUUUAUGCUGUUGUAGGUAUGACUGUUAUCAUAAUUAUAACUAGUUAAAAAACAUUUUUGAAUUGUGAUCCUUUAUAUAUUGAAAUUGUCCCCAAGUAGAAAAAAUGAUUUGUAUGACAUUAACAAUUAUAGCGCAUCAUAAAGAAAAGCAUUUGAAAGACUGAUACCAUCAGUAAAAAACAAGAUUAAAGAGUGGUGUGUUGAUAAGCAGAUCAUUACGUGUAACUUAGUUGAUGAUGAUGGAUAUAUUCAAAUUUUCAGCAUUUUUUUAAUAAGAAAGUUUCAUAUUUAAAACAAUUAUUUAUAGCAUUGAGAGUAGUUGGUGACAAUUUGAUUAUGCUCCUGCCACUACAAGGUUUGAGACAAACUUUCGUCGCCCGUCUGAUACAGAUUUGGUUAAGAAUUAUUGAAAAGUUUUCCAUGCACUCUUGAUCAGAAAUAAUGAAAGGAUGCUGAUAUUUUGCUGUCAAAAUGAAAAAUUUGAUUUAGAUUUUGCUUUGUUUUUGACAUGUUUUUGAACUUUGCAUUUAGCACCAUUUAUGUCCAAGUGGGAUCAAAGGCAUACAUGUAUUAAAUAUAUUCUAGUGUUUUCGAAUAUAUUUCAUUGUCUAGAAUGUUUACAUGCUUAUAUAAUUACAUUAUUAAUGAACGAAGGACAAAAUAUAUAACAGAAACAACUGAACAUGAGAUGUGCUAGCAAGGUUUACAGCAAUGUAAGCUUUGAAAAAAACCCAACUUAAAUGUAAUUAUUUUUGUAUUUAAUAUAUUUCUUAAUAUUUCCAAAUGAAAAUUGGAUACUGUACCUGCUGUGUGUUGAUGUUAGAAUAUAGGAUGCUUGAUUUGAAAUUUGUGUAAAUGUGACUAAAAUGAUUGUCUUUCCAAUAUGUGUUAUUGUACAGAUCUUUGGAGGGACCAUGUUUUAACACAGAUUAACUUUUUUUAUGAGUUUUUUUCUUGUUUCCUUUUUCAUAUUUUUGUAUAAUUUGUGCCAGUCCAAGGACAAUUAUUUUUCACACAUCAGUCUCGUUCCUAAGUAAGGUAAGGAUGAUAUCUUAGGUUGCUGUAUAUAAAUAUUAAUACUUAUUUUUUAUAACUAUUUAUCAAAUGUUUUUUAAUUAUUUAGGCCAAAUGUUAGAUAGACUGAUUUCUAUGUGAUUUAUUGGUUUAAAUUUUAUAUUUCCAUGAAUAUAUGUUAGAUUUUAUAUUGCUAUAUCGAUUGGAAUUCAACAACUAGCUACUGUACAAAUAAAAAACAAUAUGAAUAUUUUAUAGAUGCCUGGAGUGGUUUAUGACAGUGUUGACAUAACAUUUGGUGCAAUAAAGACCGUAUAGUAUCUAUAGCUAGUUGACAGUCUACCUUAGUUUUAUGAGGAAAUCAAUAUGGCUGUUAUGAGGAACCGUUGGGUGCGAACAAGUGUUGUGAUCAACUGUUACAUGUACAGUAAUAAAGGGAUAUUCAGCACGAGUUGGGAUUGUAUAUAAUAUGCUUUUUAUAAAAAAUAAUGCAUGUAAACAUCACCAUUAUUAUGGAAAGUGUAUGCCUCAAUUUACCAUAUCAACAAAUGUACAAUAUUUUCUUUGUAGAAAUUAGAUUAAGCUGUAUUGCAAUUGAUUUACAAACGUUCCCAUGGCCCUGAUUGCUUUACAACAGGGUUUGUGUUUUAUAAGCUGAAGAGUGGAAUAUUUGUACAUUUUUAAAUGCAAUAAGAAAUAUAUAUGUCUAACGAAGCAAUGAAACUGCAUUUCCAGCAGAUACUAUAAGUGAACAGCGUACACACUUUUGCAUUGUAUAAUUACCAAAUACUUUCCAUAAAAUCUAUGAUCCAGUGACGAAUUAGUUCCUGGUGCCACGAUGCUCUAUAUUUAGACAGCUUAAAUUUAUAAUGACCAUGACUAUAACCAGCAAUUUAGCUUGUCUAAACUGACAAGAGAAAAGAUAUUUUGACUGAAUUUUUAAAAGCCACUAUAUAUAAAGAGUUCUUAAAAAGUAACAAAACAGUUUUAAAGAAAUUUUCCAACUUGUGCAGAAUAUUUCUUUGAAGGCAUGAUAUAGACUUGAACAGUAGUGGAACUACCAGCAGUUGUCAAGUAAAUGGCCUUUGGUUUAUAAACCUGAUGAUUUCUGGUUAAAUACAACAAGAACAAAUAUAUAUAUGUAUGUGUAGAAUAUCAAUUAAUGAAGUUAAUGAUGGGAACCUCAUUACUAGAGUAGUUUGGACUACCGGUUUUUCCGAUCUUUGAUAUAUGAUUAUUUUGUGUUAAAGUCAGACUAUGUUAAAGUUUUCCAUACCAAGCAGUGACCAUGUAAGCUGUACAUGGUGUAUUUCCCAUUAUGUAUACGUAGCAUACCACUUGUUUACAUCUGCAUGCAGAAAAAAGCUGUAUGCUAUUUUGAUUUGAUAGUUGUUCUCUUGUGGCCAUAUAUGUUGAUUGUUGUAUUUGAAAGGUAGAUAUUUCUUAAAUGCCUCAAUUUGUCUCACAAACUUAAGGGAACUUAUCAGAAUUACUUGUAUGAUUACUUAAUAUGAUUUUAACAUCCUUAUUGCGAUUUUCAUGAAAGUUUUUGUUCAUACGUCUUCAAUAGCCAAUGUGCCUGAUUACCAAUAAUAUAUGUUUUGUGAUCAUAUUUAGUAAAUGUUGAAAACUACAGUUUGAGGAUCUAAUACAGGACUGAUGCAAUGCUCAGUAUGUUUAUAAUAUGAAUUGUUGAUAAAACAAAAAGUGGAUAGCAAAAACAUGUUAUUUUCACCAGGUACAUGUCACACCAGUAAUGUUGAUAUUAUUAACCUUUUGAAUUGUUACAUUAGAGACCCAUGGAUUUACGAAAUACAUGUACUCACAAUAAUUAUACCUAAUCAGAGAUCUGCAUCGAGAAAUAAUGACCUGGCAGGGUAAAAAGCACAUGUAGAUCAUUUAGAUCAUAAUUUUGUGGUAAACGUGUAUGGUUCUACAUGCGUUAUCGUGUGUAUGAGAACCUCUAUAUAUUGUACAAAAAAAUUGGACCUAUUAUCAUAUUUUGUUUCUUGUGAUGGGGAUGUUUUUACUUAGACAAACCACAUGAUAAAAUGAGUGCUGGUCAAAGGAUUGGGAGCACAUUUUGUUUUAUCUUUGAACUAUAAUGUAUUUUGGACUUGGGACCAUGUUUAAAAAAUGUGAACUCAAAUACUUAAUUGUUAUAUAUUGGGACUACCUUAUUAUAUAUCACUAUGUUAGAUUGUUGUGUUAAUGUGUGGUUCCACUGAUAAGAUAUGAUUGUAUGGCCUGUUGACUUUCUAUGUUCGAUCAUGGAGGCAAUGAAGUUUGCCCUGUUUACAUGUAUGGUAGGUUCGAGAAUGUUUUGCACUUUAUAACAUUUGUUCUACUUUGGUUAAUCUCAAAUAAGUCCCCUCACCUAGAGCCUCUUCUUUGCCAAGACUCUUCUGAAAGCAACAUUAAAUCACUUGGUGUGUCAUCAUUUCAUACACGAACAACACUGGUCCAGUUGUUUGAACUGCAAUAAAUGAAAAAGGCUCUAGUGCAAAAUUUUACUUAUGAAGUUUGGGAAGAGUUCAUAGAUUAGGAGCACAUUUUGGGUUACUGUUUUGAAAUUGUUAUUGAUAAGAUUCUGUUACUUUGAGAAAGAGUUUGUUGUGGACAGAGGUUUAUUUGUAGGUAAAUACAGUGUUUCUACUUGAACGGUUCAGAAUGUUUCUAUUAUUUUCUUGAGGUGAGAUAAAAUGAAUAUUUACAUGUUGAAAGAGUGUGUGUAUACUAGAAAUACAUUUUGGUAUAGCUGUCAUCAGUAGUCUGUCUGAUAACAGAAUGUAUGUGAGCUUUAGCUGGCUAUUUCUGAGUGAUAUUUUGAGAAUGGUAUCGUGAGGUGUAUUUUGUUCAAUCUGUUUUACAUGUUUUGUUGCAAUGUCAUUUUUUUGAGAGAACAUCUUCAGAUUUGCCCUUGUAAAUAUCCCUCAUGUAACAAAAAAAUAGUCACUAUAUUUGAAAAAAUAAAAAUUAUAUGUUUUUUAAUCAAA